CAGGAAGGUCCACGUUCAGGGCUGAAUAGCUACACAAGUGGCCCGACGAAGGGGUAUGUAUCGAAGCCGUUGUUUUGUUUGCGGUUGCCGGUAAAUGGGACGGACAGUGACACGUUCACGUCGAUAUCUACAGCGGGAAUAAUAAGAGAUGGCGUCUCUAGAGAAUAAAGUGAUCAUAAUCACAGGUACCAGCUCCGGUAUCGGCGCCCAGACCGCCCUCCAUCUGGCCCAGUACAAGCCUAGACUGGUUCUGGUGGCUCGCCGCCAAGAGUUGCUGGAGAAGGUGGCGGAGCAGUGCAAGGAGAAGGGGCUGCCUAAAGACAAGAUUUUUAUCCUGCCUGCUGACCUGUCCAAGUUGGAGGAUUUAGAAAGAAUUGUUUCUGAGACGGUAAAAAAGUUUGGACAAAUUGACGUGCUGGUCAACAACGCGGCCGCCAUGGCCGGCAUGACAGGGGUGGGCAGCUACACCCCCGAGGCGUUUCAAAAGAUCAUGGACGUCAACUUGAAGGCCCCGAUGUUCCUCUCACAGGCAGCCGUGCCGCAUCUGAAAAAGACUAAAGGGUCCAUAAUCAACAUCUCGAGUACAGCGGCAACCGAAGCAACGCCAUUCUUCACGAUAUACUGUGCCAGCAAAGCGGGACUUGACCAAUUCACCAACUGCCUGGCUCUGGAAAUGGCUCCAUUUGACGUCCGAGUCAACACAAUCAGACCUGGGCUGAUCUUGACAGACUCCAUGGCCAACAUACCGAAUAUGACAGAAAAGAUGAAGGAGAUGGGUAAGACUAGUCAACCGCUCCGAGGAGUCGGGGAGGGUCUAGACAUUGCCAAAGUCGUCAAGUUCCUGGCCAGUGACGACUCCGCCUUCAUGACCGGAGAAAGCAUGUACGUCGACGGUGGCCGCCAUCUCAUGGGCGCCUCAGCAUUAGUGAAGAUGGGAUUCCAAGUCAGUAACGGAAAACACACCCAAGUGGUGUUCGACGUAGCAUGCAAUUUGAGCGAGAUGUGCCUUGAUGGUUGCUGCUGGUGGGAUAAUUGGGUGCUCGCUGUCGUCUGCUUCAUCUUCUGUGUUAUCACCGUCAGGCUGCCCGCGGACGAUGUCAACGAUGGUGUCGUUGGCCAUCUCUUCCUCACAUGGGAUGUCGUCAUCGGCGAUCAAAAAGCCUUCGCUCGAUGCCGUGUCGCCGUACACGGUGUUGCAAGUUGUAUUAGUAGCAUUGAUGGCUUCGAGGAAGUGUCCUUCAAAAUGGCGUCCUUGGAGAAUAAGGUUAUCGUCAUCACAGGCUCCAGCUCCGGUAUCGGCGCCCAGACCGCCCUCCAUCUGGCCCAGUACAAGCCUAGACUGGUUCUGGUGGCUCGCCGUCAAGAGUUGCUGGAGAAGGUGGCGGAGCAGUGCAGGGAGAAGGGGCUGCCUAAAGACAAGAUCCAUGUUCUGCCUGCAGACCUGACAAAGCUGGAGGAUUUGAAGAAAAUUGUUUCUGAGACGAUUGAAAGGUUCGGACAGCUUGAUGUGCUGGUGAAUAACGCUGCCACGAUGACCAGUAUGGCGGGCGUUGAUGGCUAUACACCAGAUGAAUUCGACACAACCAUGUCAGUCAACCUGAAGGCUCCUAUCUUCCUGUCCCAGGCGGCAGUGCCUCAUCUGAAGAAAACGAAAGGCUCUAUCAUUAACAUAUCCAGUACAGCAUCAACAGAAUCGAUGCCUUUCUGCACGUUGUACUCUGUCAGCAAAGCAGGGUUAGAUCACUUCACCAACUGCCUCGCAAUGGAGAUGGCACCACAUGGAGUGAGAGUUAACACAAUCAGGCCUGGGAUGAUCCUUACCGACACCUACGCCAGCGUCCCUGGUAGAACGGAGAUGUUGACUGCUAUUGGAAAAGCAAGUCAGCCCCUGAAAGGCAUCGGGGAGAGCAUGGACAUUGCCAAGGUGAUCCAGUUCCUGGCCAGUGACGACUCCGCCUUCGUGACAGGAGAGAGCAUCUACGUCGACGGUGGCCGCCAUCUCAUGGGCGCUUCAGCAACAGCAAAAAAGGAUAUGAAAUCUUAGCCAUGGCUAUCACACCUGCUUUUGAAGACCAUACAUUGGCCAAGAGGUCAGGACAGGAUAAUCAUCCAGAGUUAUAUAUACAACAGAAUGGUCUUUAGGGAGUCGUUAAACAAUAAUUCUGUCAAAGAUCCACAAAAAAGGAUGUUAUGUUUGGUAAUAAAUAUUUCUAAGUAAA